CUGUGCGUGUAUUUGUAAUUUCUUGUUCAAUAUUAUUUUGUCGUUCACAAAAUAUUUGAACUGCGUCAACCAGGCUGGACGGAAGAAGACAUCAACGCCAACCCAGCACCAGCCACAAGAGAGUUAAACAGGGAAUAUGAAAAUUACACUACUGUGCAUAACAGUGAUUAUCUGUAUUCUUCAUGGAGUGGCAGACGCCAGGUCUAAAAGUUGUCUGUCUCAGACGGAAUGUAAUACUCGGUUCAGGCAAUGCUGUGGGUGCAACAAGUUGAUGUUUGAAAACCCUGAGAACCCUGACGAAAGUAGGCUUGGAUUGCCAUCGGCAGUGAUUAAAAACUUCCCACAUUGCAAGCAAGAAAAAUGUGUCACACGUAAAGAGUGCCGAAAUAUAAAAGAAAGUGAAGAAGAGACGGAAGGACAGGACGAGGCGGAAGAGGAAGAGCAGGCAGGCACGGAGGGAGAGCAGGCUGGUACAGAGGGAGAACAGGCCGCCACAGAGGGAGAACAGGCCGGCACAGAGGGAGAACAGGACGGCACAGAGGGAGAACAGGCCGAUGGAGAGCAAGCCGACAUAGUAAUUGCCACUACUACCGAGACAGUGACAGACAAACCUACCGAGGCAACUACGACAGCGACAGAGGAAAAUGGAGAAAAUAACGAUGUGUCCGAAACAGGGGAUAAUACUGGUUCAAAUACGCUUGAUACGGGUGUGGAGGAAUUGGAUGAAGAAGCAGCGAAACUAGCUGCCAAAGCUGCCAAAAAGGCUAAACUUGCAGCUAAAAAGGCAGCUAAGAAAGCUAAAAAGGCAAAGAAAAAUGCAGAAGGCGGCAAAGCCCCAAAGAAAGGAAGAGGGGGAAAGAAGCGCGGCAGGAAGAACAAAAACCCUAAUUAAUUAUUGACAAACUGCUUUUCAUCAUUGAAAACGAAACUCCAUCCAAAACAUAUUUAUUGGGUACACGUUGACCAUGUGUUCGUAAAAGGCCAGAGUGAAUCAAAA